AUGUCGGUACAAGCAUGCACAUUCAAGAAGCUUGUGUUCCGUGGAGCCAGUCAUAUCAUAGGCGGUACUGGCGGUAUCGCCAAUCUCUGGGAUUCCAGUUUUACUUAUAACGAGAACAAUGCCGACGCUAGAAAUAUUGGGUAUGGAGGACAUUAUAAGUCAAGCGAAGUGGACACAUGGGACACAUCGACAUUCAACAAGGUCCGAUUGGAGGUGAUAAAGUCAGGUGUUGAACAGAUGUACUUCGAAUUCAAUGUUGCUGGGACUAAUAAGUUAAGUUGGUUUCACAGAAAUCACCUCACCGCGUCUUCGAUUGAUGUGACUGACCAACUGCUCAUAUACAUCUACAGAUAUACACAUUAUGGGUACAGAUUCUUUAGGAUACACAAGUACGAAUCUGGCUGUAAUACAUUGGUUUUACUCAUUGAUUAUCCUUACAGUCACUCCAGUUGUGACAGUAACCCCUUUUCUCCUCAAACACCAUAUAUACGUUUUGUACCUGAUGGAAAACACGCCGGCAGAGAUACUCAUGCAGACGAAAUAGCAAUUUACUUUGUAAAAGACGGAUUGGCUGGUAUGAAACCUGUCCCAGAUUUACCCUGGAGAAAUCCGUCCUGGGACAUUGCCUCUGUCGAUGACAAAAAUCUCCUCGGCGGUUUGUAUGUGACAGAAGCCAACUACGACAUGGCCAGUUUCGUGGUGACCGGUCGGGAAAUUGGCUGUGGUGCACAACUCCAAAUAUGGUUAAAUGACACCUUACCGGGGAAUGAUGGCGGGUUUCAUGAAAAGAGAGUUUGCAUGACCAAUAGAUAUAAUGACGAUAUCUGCAAGCACAACUUUACUGUUGACGUCAUGAACUGUGGAGACAGACGUGUGUAUCGGCUGCCUGAACUGACCAGUGACCAGUACGAUAUAGGAACACAGUCAGUGGCUUACUGCUUCGAUGUUGCGGGAUUGAUUGACCCUUGUUCGUCGUCCACACCAUCACAAAUCCCAAACCUAGAAAAUCGUCGUCCUACAAAUUCCCACGCUAUACAUGCAAGUGACCAUUUGGUAGAAGACUGGUAUUCAGGUGGACAUUAUCAGCUACUUAGAUGGAGUCCUGACCUAGAUCAACCUCGGUGUGGGGCUGAAUCCCAGAUUUGGAUGAAUGGAACAUUUCCUGCUGCUGACGGCAUGCACCAUGUGAGACAGUUAUGCACCACUAACCGGACAACUGGAGACACUUGUUUUGUUGACACACAGUAUACGUACGUCAAAAACUGUACGACACACAUCAUGUACUACCUUACUACACCUGCUGAGAACAGCGCGUAUUGCUUCGAUAUCCCAUCAGAUUCUAAUGACCCUCCCCCAUCCUAUCUACCAACAACUGUCAAAAUCAAGUACGAACUGCAUUGGGUUGAUGUACCGAACGGAAACGGAUUGAUGAACCACUCGGUGUCUGUUGAGCGAGGUAAAGGCGGUUCUGUGUACUUCCAACAAACAGUCCCCUUUGGCUGUAUGUACCAUCCGUCUAAUGGAGAGCGAGGCUGUACACUUACAGUCUAUAUACUCAAGACGUCUUCAGAAAAUAUGUGUACUAGUAACACGAUUCGCCACCAUAAUAAAUGCGCCAAGGUGUUAACAGGUGUAACCAAGUCAACCAAUGUUGGCAGCGAUACCUGGAUACCAACGUUGUACGAGUUCGACAUCGUACCAAUUGACAGCAAACUUGGCACCUACAACCUUUUAAAUAACCAGUUCGUAUUCAAGCUUCAAACACAGAGACCUCAUCACCAGUUCUGGAGAAACGCUAUAUCAGAUCAAGUUAACGUGAACGUGUUCGAUGCGGCAGACGGCAAGUUCUGGCAAGGAAAACGCUGUCAGGUGUACUGUGAUCCUCAUAUGAAGUCAUUCGAUGGCAUGGCUUAUGAAUUGCAAUACCCAGGGAAGUUCAUGUUAUUGAAGAGUGAAAAUCCACCGAUGCAGGUACAGGUGCAGAUAACGUCUUGCAAUGGCAACAAUCGUACCCCAUACUGUGCCUGCGGACUUGUAGCGGUUGCUGGAAAAGAUGUUUUUCAAAUUUAUACGUGCAAUGGUCACAGAGACAUCAACUACAAAUCAUGUAAGGAUGGUGUUCUGAAGGUGGAGAGAAAAUCAUCGAAGAUAUAUAAAAUAUAUUUACCCACUGGAGCGACCAUCCGGGUGUCAGUUAGAACGAGAGGCCUCCUAGAUAUCGAUAUAACACCAACAGUCCAUGAGUACAAGGGACGAAUUUCCGGUCUUUGUGGCGAUCUAGACGGAAACGUGGCGAACGACUGUGUCAGUAAAGGAGGUUCAAUGCCGUGUACAGAAAUAUCGAAUAGCAGACGUUCUUACUCCUAUCACCCGAACACCUUUACUCAGUCUUACAGGCUCAGUGAAGAAGAUAGUCUGCUUAACGUGAAACCAAACACCGAUCUCCUAGACCAAUAUCCUGCUGCCUACCAGAUGUGCGUUUGUCCACAGAACAGUAUUGAACUUGGAGACGAGACUCCGGUAGAUAGCUAUAUAGAGUCCACUCUUUGCUCCUCAAGACAAUACGCCAGCUGUACUUAUUCCAGGCAAGAAGUGAGAUGCACUGUAACUGACCGAAGAGUCCUCAGAAAAAAACGUCAAGCAGACAGUCCGGACGACGUUUAUCUUCACAACAUUACGAAACGCUCAGUAGUGAUAAAUGAAAGUGAAGCUAUCCAGUUGUGCACGGAUGCGCUAACAACCGUAACAAAUGAAGCCUGUUCUGAUAUUGGUGUCAACGCCUCAAGUACUGAAAUAGACAACUGCGCUGCGGAUCUGAUGCUUACUGGCGAUGGCAACUGGACACGCUACGCCGUUGAUCGAAGUGAAACACACUGCCUUGAAACCCUAGAAAAGAACACGACUCUACAAGAGGAAUAUCCAGAAAUAAGUAACAUUAUUAGAAACAACACCUGUUCAAACAAUUGUUCGGAACGGGGAUCCUGCUCUAAUGGUAAAUGUGAAUGUGAAGAAGGAUUCGCCUCGGAGGAUUGUUCCUUUGACCUCAACGCACCUUUAGUGUUAUACGGACUAGACAAUGAAGGACUUUGUGAUAUCGACGACGAGUGUACCUUCGUAGUGGUAGAGGGACUGGACUUCCCUACGGAUCAAAACUACACUUGCCAAUUCAGUGGUCGUGAGACAUUGGUGGGUGAGAUGUACCAUACAUUGGAGACGGCAAAUGUAUCAGCUCAACACCAGAGCCUCUUUGAAAUUAUCUGUGAUCUUCCAGAGAUACACGUCCCGACAGACAGACUCGGAAUCGAGUACAAUGUAUCGGUGGCUAUGGGCGGAUUUGAAUUUGGUGACGUCAUAAAUUUCGUUGUUAUCAAUGCAGCCUGUCAAUAUUUUAUCAACAACUCUGGAGUUAUUAGGUUUUAUAUACAGGAAGGGUUUUGUUACAUUAAUGGAGCCUGUCAUCCUAAAGGAUCCUAUAAAGAGAAUGCGUUAUGUUUAGAAUGUAAACCCGAGGAGAGCGUGUACACGUGGUCUAACUCAUCAAGCGAAGACUGUGUUGUAAGCGACCAAGACACGCGUGACCCAGAUACUACACUAGAAUACAUCAUUGUUCCUGUCGUCACUGUUGUUUCUGUACUCGGCUUCGUUUGUCUGAUUAUUGGCGUGAUGUUGUGUUUUUGCAAAAGUAAACAAAAAAGCAAUCAAAUGAUAAAUGACAUUUCGCUUGCUGAUCCCCAUGAUGAAGAGAAAGAAAUAUUUUCUAUAGCCUGGCCAAGUAAAGAUGUUCUACAAGAUGGAAUCCAAACAGAAGUUGUAAACAAAACAAAACGAUCCAAAUCAAAUAGCUGGAUGAGAGUUCAACAUGAUCGAAGUGCAAAAUCAGAUUCUGACAACGUCUUUUGUACCUCUCAUCAACCAAUUGCGGGAGUUGAAAACUUCAGAAAAGACAAAACGGAGAAAAAGAAACGAGGCCAGAAAAGUUUAACAGAGCAAACUUGCACGUGGAAUUUUCAACAGAAGGAAGAAAACGUCCAAAUCGACAAGAAACUAAAGACAGAAGAGCAUGUUAACAAUGAAGCGGACAAUUCAAUUGUCACUGCAAGAUAUGUUAUGUUUGAAGAAUGUUUUGCAAAAGACAAGGCUGCGUUUGAGGAUGAGAUGCAUAACACGCGAGCAGGUGACUUUUUUAUUGUAAAUGCAUCCAACAAUGAAAAACUGAAGACCGAUGAAGAGGAGGGAAAUAUUGUAUUUGUAACCGGGAGAACAACUGACACGAGUCGUAACGAACUGACCGGGAAAGCUGAUUCAUCACACGAUAUAUAUCUCGACACAAAUGAUAAAAAAAGUGAAAAAAGAAAACGACGAAAGAAGAAAAAGAAACUUACAUCGCAUGAACUGGAAAAUGUCUUCGAUAAUACGAUUGAUGGAAGGUGUGAGCCAUAUGUGAUGACACCUGCAGGAACAGAAACAGAAGAAAACAAACAAAACCAUGCACGACCAUUCGGAGAUGAAGAUGAGACGCAACCUGAGAAUGAAGAAGUGGUAACUGUGAAAGCCGACGGAAGAUCCAAAGAAACAUUAACAAAGAGUGCCAUGGUUUCCCGUAGCAGCACAACAGAGAGCAGGCCAAUACAACAAAACCAGGAAUGGGACGAGAUUACUGUCAUAGAGAACAGCGAUAUAGAUGUCGAUGCCUGUGAAAUACCUGGCGGAGGAGAAACCGUAGUGAGAAACAUGGAAUCGACGAAAACAGAAUCCCAACCAAAUACUUCAGAAGCAACCGGAAAACGAAAACGACGGAAAAGAAAGAAAAGAAGAAAGAAGGUAACACCCGAAACCCCGAGUGGAGCAUUUGCAUCUGUGAGUAAGGAGAGCGAGGGUGCAAGAGCUAAGAAAAAAACAAAAAAGAACAACAAAUCAAAAAGCAAAUCAAAAUAGACUCAAUGACUUUAUCCUUUAAAUCAAUGAAUUGUUAGAACUAUUCAAAGUCAAUCUAGGUCAUUGGUGCAAUCCUAUUUUUGUGAAUAAACAACACUAAUCCUUGAAGUACAUAUAACAUAAUUAUAUAACUCAAUAGGAUGUGUUAGGGGUGUUUGCAUUCUUUCUGUACUGUUUGGUUGGAUUAUUUAAAUCUUUACAAAUAGAUGUGCGAUUUUCCUUCACCGUUUAUUUUGUCUUUUAUAUUCAAACAAAUAUAUAUAUCAAGUGCCGCAUUUUGUGACUUACCCAUACCGUAUAGUUAUAGGUGUUAGAAACUAUGCUUACAUAUUUUUUUUCAUACAAAACAUAUAACUUGUUACAUUUUGAUGUUUGGUAAAAUAAGACAUUAUAUACUUCCGACAUUUGUAUACUUAAAAUCUUGUUACAAGUUACAAAUAUCAUUUUUCGUCAUAAAAUCAUAAAAUAAUUUGGAACAUUUUGUGCUUUUUAAACAGUGUAUGUGCGUUUUCAAAGAUAUUGUUAAAUUUAUAUUGAUUUGUUGUUUGAUAGACGAAAAACUUAAUUCCUACAUUCAUGCAUUUAGUGUCAAAAUGUACGUAUUAUGAAUUUGAUAAUAAUUGCAAAUCUCUAUGAUAUGCAAAAAUUACGUAAUAAUGAUGUUUCCUUUGAACGGCGUUUUAAUUAUAUAUACUUGUAAUACCCUGUAUAUAGCGGUAUGAUCUUCACGUUUUAUUACGCACUGCAUUCGUUUCAACUAUAUAUAUAAAUUGCUAUACCCUUUGACAACCAAUGAACUUGUUUGUUCAUUCGCUGAAACAUAUUGUAGUGGUAAUGGGUUUGUUUUCGUAUGCUCAUUGUAUCUUCUGAAACCCUCCACUUUUUUUGUAGUAUUUGCAUCAUUUUAUAAUUAUACCGAGUUUUACUUUGGAAAAAAGUUGAUUGUCAUCGGUCAAGGUUAGGGGUCGGAUAUCAUACUUUACAAAUUUUGUCAUACAUAUGUAUGACACUAUCAAGCGAACCCUUUAACAGCGUAAGUGUUUAUUUUACAUUUUAUUGAGUUAUGGAGGUCAUCGACCAUGAACAAAUGGUCUAAGUUUACACUUAUGUGCUAUGGAUCUUUACAGACCAUGAUCUAAAUAGUUGAAUCGGUAUCGGGAUCAUUCUGCUCUUUGUACUGCAAUCUUUUUUUUUUAUUAAAUUGAUAUACGCUAUUUUGUUUUGAUUGUAUCAUACAGUAUUGAUAUAUAUACAUGAUUUUAUCUCAUACAUUUUAGCCUUAAUUAUCAGUUAACAUUUAUUGUUCACUUUCAGUAAUUUUUGCAGUGUAUAUCUUUAAUAAGUGUGCAGGGAAAAU